AUUCCACUUCUGCAUAUCUCUAUGUUGAUAACUCAGAGCUUCUUAGAAAUGGUUGUGGAAACUCUCAUCUUUGCUGGCUGGCUGGCAAUCUGGACUUCCAAGAACUCACCUAGAUUUUGUAUUUUAACUUUCUGUCUGACUCUUUGUUUAAAUUGCCUGGCUGGGUAUCAUGCUCUGUUGCUGUUGGCAUGGGUACUACGAGAGAUGUUCAAGCUUCAGUACGUUUCAAUUAUGAUUUGACCUUAAUGCAUCCGAGUUUUUAUCAAAUCUCUAGGCACUUUGAUGCCGAUUCCUGCUGUAUGUGCUGAUCAUUUCUUGUCUUCCGCUGGCUUUGGCUUUACCCCUUGUGGGCAACACCACGUGAUGCAGCGGUUUGGAGGACGAUUGAAGAUAUUAAAUAAAUCAUUCCUGGAUUCGUAUGGCUUUAAAUAUUGUUACUCCGGCCGUUUUGGGCUGUUUGGUUAAUGGACCGUGAUUCUUUGGGCGGCUAAGUCAUCCGACCGAGUUGGGCGAUGGGCAAAAUGGUCUUUUUAUUUGUUACCUGGGCCGGGAAAUUAUGAAUAUAAAAUUGGGCCGGUACUGUUAUAUAAGCACGCAUGAGCUAUUUCAUUUUAUGGCCCAGCUAUGCGCUGCGCACUUGCCUCGCAACCAAAAAGGAAGGCUCUUUCAAGUCUUAUUAAAUUAAGCAAACAAUUAUUACACAAUACCCUAUGAACUGGUCCGACAACCACCAGAAGCCAAUUUGCUCUGAAUUUGAGCAAAUCAUGUGACCAGACUUUGCCUGGCCGCCGCCGGCUCUGCAGAUGAGGAAUACGUCCACUAGUCCGAUCAGCCACUUCAAACAAGACAACAAUUUCCAAGGCAAUCCUACCAGCAAUUCCACAGGCAAGACCCAUCAUAGGAAAUCCCAAUCUGGCUUCAGUUACAUCAAAGUUGCUGCCAGGAAAGUUUUCUCUGUUUUCCUCUUUUGGCAAAGAAAGCCCAGCCCCAAGACACCUAAAGAACUUCCCUCUCCAAUAGAUGAUUCUACAGGAAGCAGCAAUAAAAGCCAGUUCGGAUUCAAGAAUUCUAAUUUCAAUGGUUCAUCAAAGACAAGUGGACAGGUGGGCGGUGCUGCCUUUUCCAUUGGAGAAAUUUACAAGGCAACGAAUAAUUUCUCCCCUGCAAACAAACUCGGACAGGGAGGCUUUGGAACGGUAUACAAGGGAAAAUUGAAGGAUGGAUCUUUGGUUGCCAUAAAGCGGGCGAAAAAGGUCCAGACAGAUAAUAAUUUGUUUGCAGAGUUUAAGAAUGAAGUCCUCACAUUAUCGAAGAUUGAACAUCUAAAUUUGGUAAGGUUACUUGGGUACAUGGAGCAUGGAGAUGAACGGAUUAUUGUAGUUGAAUAUGUUAGCAAUGGGACGCUCAGGGAGCAUUUGGAUGGUAUACGUGGAAUUGAGCUUGGAAUUGCGGAGCGUCUGGACAUUGCAAUUGAUGUAGCUCAUGCAGUUACAUAUCUGCACACAUACGCAGAUCGUUCAAUUAUUCAUAGAGACAUAAAAGCAUCAAAUAUCCUCAUAACAGAGAAACUCCGUGCCAAAGUAGCCGACUUUGGAUUUGCACGAUUAGCUGCUGAUGAUCCAGGAGCUACUCACAUUUCGACCCAAGUGAAAGGAACUGCUGGGUACUUGGAUCCUGAAUACCUCAAGACAUACCAACUUACUGACAAAAGCGAUGUUUACUCCUUUGGUGUAUUACUUGUAGAACUGGUCACAGCAAGGUACCCUCUUGAACCAACAAAGCCAAUCAAAGAGAGAGUAACAGUAAGAUGGGCAAUGCAAAAGCUAAAAGAAGGAGAGGCAGUAGUGACAAUGGAUCCAAGAAUGCAAAGAAAUCCGGCGUCAGUCAGGGGAGUGGAGAAGAUUCUGAAACUGGCUCAGCAGUGCCUUGCUCCUCAGAGACAAUCAAGGCCCUCCAUGAAGCAAUGUUGCGAGGUACUGUGGGGGAUUCGGAAAGAAGUCCGAGAGAACCUUUCUCACACUGCUAUCACUUCUUAUCACUCUGAAAAAAUUCAUGUGAGAGCAAAUCGCGCUGAUAUGUAUGAUAUUAUUGAAGGCAGUGAGGAGUAUAGAUUUCGUUCUGCGUGAAUGAGUUUGUGUGUGGCUGUGUAUGUAUGGGUUCUGUAUAAUACAGUUUUACAAACACCCCCACCCCCUUCUCGUUGUAGCUAGAUUUGAACACAGGUUUAAAAGUAGGAUCAAUUUAUGUGGUGUAUUAAUCGGUGUACGCAUAUGCAUUGGAUUGAUUCUUUAUCAAAGGGGCAUAAUAAAGCUUACAACCCUUCCUUUGGUA